AAAAUCCCCUAUUAAUGUAUUGAUUAUAGCUCCGGGUCCGUAUAGGUCGGCAUCUGGGUCCAGAUCCGGACCGCGAUCCGCCUGUUGCCGACCCCUGUUCUACAGCAUAUACAAUGAAGAAAGGAACCGUCUUCGCCUCUGAGCGCGGGAACAGAGGAACCAAGAAACAAGCCCACCCAAAGAACCCAACCCUGAGAAUGUGCCACUCUUUAGGGAACCAUACAAGACAAACAAAGGGGAUACUCUUUCCAAUCGAAUCCAGAGGAUGCUGGGUAGUUUUGAAGAUGUGAAUAAUCCCUGUCCCUUAGCCAUUGAGCCUUUACCCAUUCCUACUUAUGUAACCUUCUCACAGUCAGAUCAGGCUCAGCCAAACACAGAUAAACCAGCCAAGCCUCCAUUCCUUAACCAAGUCCACACGUCCAUCCCAAGUCAGAAAGCCCCCUCUUGUAACGGUUACUCCUCUCAGCCCAUGAGGACGUCCACUGCCCCUUCUCCUCCUAACCAGCAUGGACAUUCAUCCACUUUCUCGAAUAGGUCCUUAAACCACAGUCAGCUCGGCCUCUCAGCACAGCAACAAAAGAAGAGUGAAGCCCACUCAGGUCUCAGGGAGUGUGUCAGCCUUCCCCAGGAAAUGUCUUAUCAGUCUCCUGAUGCCAAGCGGCCACCCUUCCCACAUUCCAUUGACCAUGAUAACUAUGACACGGACACUAGGGACACCUUUGAUAGACUUCAAGUUCAAGGGUCCACAGAUCACCACCCUGAGUCUGACAGCGCCAUGGAUGUUUCCACAUUUGACCUGAAACAGUCCCCCAAAGAUUCAUCUCUGCCUCAAGCAAACAAAGGUAACACACUACCUUCCCAGACCUUCCCUUCACUCCUGUCGUCGAAGCCGCCCAGCGUAGUCAUGACCCAGAAGCCCACAGCGUAUGUGCGGCCCAUGGAUGGUCAGGACCAUGUGGUCAGCGAGUCACCUAGGCUGAAGCUUUCACCAGAGCCAUAUGUACCUCUACCGGAGAUAAUCAACAAAUCUGCGCUAGGCAAAACCAAGUUGCUGCCACCAUUUUUGGAGACAAGGACAGAUGAGGUUCAGUGUGUCGAAGAAAUCUUGAGGGAAAUGACCCACUCAUGGCCUCCUCUCCUGACAGCCAUACACUCACCGAGCUCAGUAGAACCCUCCAAGUCUCCGUUCCCAGCCAAGGAAGCAGCGAGUCUCUCUUCAUGUCCUGUACAAAAAAACUACAAGUCCCCUCCAGCAAAUCCAUCCCAGCUCAUCCAGCAGAGCUCAUCAUCGUGCCGUAGAUCACUUGAAGCAGCACAUUCCCGAGGGGUAGAGCCGGCCAGCUCCAGCGACUCAGAGUGUAGCUCAAGAUCAGAGUCGGAAAGUGAAAGCACCAUCGAGGAGCCGCCUCCACCCCCUGUGAGCAUCUCUGUUAAAACCGAGAAUUCGAACGGCACUUAUCAUGGCUGCCACUGAGGGACUUCCGGGUCAUUUCACUCCGUU